AUGGAGCCGCUGCAGAAUGGAAGUGGCAAGGGGAAAGCUGAGGCGGCGGCGCGGCCUCCGCUGGCUGCCGCGACGGGAAGCGAUGCGGGAGCCCCGGCGGGGCCACCGCUGCGGCGGGCGCCCGCCCCUGCGGCCCCGGGCGGGGGCUGGCGCUGCGGCGGUGGCUCUGGGCGGGCCGAGGCCGCCGCGGGCCGCGACAAGGAGCGCACUGGCCCCGCCUUCCGGCCGCGCCUCGACUCUCACCGCAAGAACCGCCCUCCUUUCCCUUGGUUUGGCUUGGAUAUCGGAGGGACUUUGGUGAAGCUUGUCUAUUUUGAACCAAAAGACAUUACCACGGAGGAGGAGGAGGAGGAAGUGGAGAAUCUGAAGAGCAUCCGUAAAUACCUGACGUCCAACACGGCCUAUGGAGCUACGGGCAUUCGGGAUGUUCACCUUGAGCUAAAGGACCUCACGCUGUGUGGACGUAAAGGCAAUCUGCACUUUAUACGCUUUCCCACUCACGACAUGCCUGCUUUUAUUCAGAUGGGCAGCGAAAAGCACUUCUCAAGCCUCCAUACUACCUUAUGUGCCACAGGAGGUGGAGCAUAUAAAUUUGAGCAGGACUUUCGCACAGUGAGUGACCUUCAGCUCCACAAAAUGGAUGAACUCGACUGCCUUAUUAAGGGAGUUUUGUACAUCGAUUCGGUUGGGUUCAAUGGACACUCAGAGUGCUACUAUUUUAACAACCCAACUGACCCCGAGAAGUGUCAGAAGCUCCCCUUCAACUUGGAGAAUCCAUACCCCCUCCUCUUGGUGAACAUCGGCUCAGGGGUCAGCAUCUUAGCUGUAUAUUCCAAAGACAAUUACAAGCGAGUGACGGGAACCAGCCUCGGAGGAGGAACCUUCUUCGGCCUCUGCUGCCUCCUGACGGGCUGCUCCACCUUCGAGGAGGCCCUGGAGAUGGCAUCCCGUGGGGACAGCACCAAAGUGGACAAGCUCGUGCGGGACAUUUAUGGAGGCGACUACGAGAGGUUUGGGCUGCCGGGCUGGACUGUGGCCUCCAGCUUUGGAAACAUGAUGAGCAGGGAGAAGCGAGAGGCGGCCAGCAAGGAAGACUUGGCCAGGGCGGCCUUGAUCACCAUCACCAACAACAUCGGCUCCAUCGCUCGGAUGUGCGCGCUGAACGAGAACAUCAACCGAGUGGUUUUCGUGGGGAACUUCCUGCGUAUCAAUACCAUCUCAAUGAAGUUUCUCGCAUAUGCUUUGGAUUACUGGUCCAAGGGGCAGCUGAAAGCCCUUUUCCUGGAGCAUGAGGGCUACUUUGGAGCGGUCGGGGCCUUUCUGGAGCUUCUGGAUCCGUCCUGAUGCCUCGUGCAGCCUGGCCCAGGUCGCCGCUGGGACGGCCUGCAUCAAAGGGAACACCCGUGUCCAUGGAGCGGUAUGUGCGAAAGCCUCUGUCUGCUUGACAGACGACGGGAAGGAGUGGUGAGCAGCCUCCUCGGUCAGGGCCAGCACGGACAAAGGUAUUCUUUAAAGCACUUACAACUGAUGUGCGUAUGUACUCGUCCGUACGGAAGCCGUGCCUGUCUGCACACCUGUGUGGACUGCCUUGCGCCUCUUAAAAUGCAUGUUUAGUCAGUCUGGCAUUGAGCUUGUGUUACAGAAGCCCCGAGGGCGCUGGAGCCGAGUGCGCCUCAGCCCGGCAGUGAUGCAAGCCGCACUCUUAGAAAACUAUUUUAAAUGUUGCUUUAUUUACUAAUCUUGUAUGAACUUGAAGGGCUGGGCGAAUUUUCAUAAUUGCACUGAGAUGUGCAGGAUAUGAAAUUGCACUUGACAUAUUAAAUCUAUUUUUUAAAAGAA